AUGACCACCGAAAAGACCGAUCUCCAAGAAAAGCUUCGCCAGCUCGGCGAAUACUCGCCCUGCGAUGUAUCAGAUGCGCUUCUGAAGCUGCAGAAGGUCCAGCCCGGAGAGGUCGCGAGGGCAGGGUAUCUCGCCGACAUUGUGCCCUUUGCCUUACCGCAGUCGAGCAGAGAUGCCACGGAUGCUCCUCCGCCAAAGGUCAUUGCGCCGGCAUGUACCUUGAAGCUUGUGCCGAAGAGCGCGACGCCAGACUCGGCGCCGCCGGUGGAAAACUCCAUCUCCAAGGGGAGUCACUGGGUCGACCUGACGGAACCUGGGACCGUCGUCGUUAUUGAUCAGCCGCCAGACCAGAAGUGCGCCGCCGUGGGGGGCAUCAUGGCGCAAAGAAUGAAGAUCAGAGGUGUUGCCGGGUGCGUCGUCGGUGGCCGCGUCAGAGAUUUGGCAGAGCUGAGGGAGUCUCAAUUACCGAUCUUCGCCCUGGGCAAGUCCACGGUCGGAACGAACGCCGAGGCAAAAGCAUAUGCCCGCAACGUCCGAGUGUUGAUAGCCGGCGUCGAUGUCUGCCCGGGCGACAUCAUCUUCUGCGAUCCACUGGAAGGCGUGGUGGUCAUCCCUCGGGACCUGCUCGACGAAACCCUGUCGCUGAUGCCCAAGCUCAUCGCCGCAGACGACAAGGUCAAAGACGCCGUACAGGGGGGCAUGACCGUGGCAGAAGCGUUCAGGACUUUCAGAGUCUGA